AUGGCGCCCAAGAAGAAGGGUAACAAGAAGGCCAACGACGACUGGGAAGCCGAGCUCGGCGAACCCGCCGCACCUGCAUCCAAGCCCGUUGCCGCUGCCGAUGGCGAACUCGCCGACGACGACGAUGCGGGCGGCGCCGGUGGUCUGAUGGCCCUGAUGCGCAAGAACAAAGAGAAGAGAAAGAAGAAGGGCUUGAGCGAGGACAUUCCAGCAGCGGACCCCGAGCCCGCUGAGCCUCUGCCCGACUUGACCGCGAAGGCGCCAGUCGAGGCCGACCUUGACGAUGAGUUUGCGCUCCCCGACAAGAAGGGCAAAGCCGUUGCAAAGGGUAAGCAGCAGCCGCCAGCGAAGCCCGCUGCCUCGCCCGCGCAAGCGGACGGUAACGAGGCCGACGACGGCGGAGAGACGGGCGGCAAGGUGCUGACCAAGGCUGAGAAGGAAAAGCUGAAGAAGGAAAGAGAGAAGCAGCGGAAGAAGGAGCAGGCUUUGAAGAAGAAGGUCACCGGGCCAGCUCAGCCGGCAGGCAAGCCUGAGCCAGCCAAGGCCGCCGCCGCCGUAGAGGAGAAGGCCGAGGUACCUGAGGCUGCUGCUCCUGCAGAGACGGGCGGCAAGAAGAAGAAGCUCCCCGCCCAUCUUGUGGCGCUGCAAAAGCAACAGGAAGAGCUGCGGCGUCGGAAGGAGGAGGAGGCGCGCCUCCUCGCCGAGGAGAAGGCUAGGAUAGAGGAGGAGGAGCGCCUAGCUGAGGAAGAAGCCAAGCGCUUGGCCGAGGAGAAGGCACGCAAAAAGCAAAAGGAAAAGGAGAGGAUCGAGCAGCUCAAGAAGGAGGGCAAGUUCCUCACCAAGGCCCAGAAGGAAGAGAAGGCCCGCAAUGAGAGGAAACUCCAGCAAAUGCUUGCCGCUGGCAUCAAGAUUGGUGGCGCGGCUGGAGAGGGCGAGGCCGAGCCUAAGAAAAAGACGGAAAAGCGGAGCGCCGGUCGCAAGAACAACAAGGUCGACGAGGAGAAGGUGCUGGCCGAAGCCGCUGAGCGGUCCAGGCUGCAAGCUGAAGCUGCCGCCAAGGAGGCAGCGGAAAAAGAGCGGCUUGCGCGCGAGAAGGCUGAGGCUGCUGCAAAGGCUGCUGCCGCCGCCGCUGCGGAGGAUAGUGUAGAAGAAGACUGGGAGGCCGCUGCUGCUUCAGACAAGGAGGACGUCAAGGAUAGCUGGGACGCCGACUCGGACGAGGAAGCCGAAAAGAAGGAGACCCUGCCCACACGGCCGAAGCAGCAGGAUGACUCCGAAGAGGAGGACUCUGACUCCGAAGACGAGUCGUCGUCCGAAGAUGAGCAAGCAACUCAGGCACAGAUCGUCGAGGCGCAAAGGAAGAAGGAAGCCGCGGAGCGCCGUGAGAAGGCCCACCAAGCGGCCAUGGCUGCUCGGUCUGCGGACGACCUGCGCUCUCCGAUUUGCUGUAUUCUGGGCCACGUCGAUACCGGCAAGACGAAGCUACUUGACAAGAUCCGACAGACCAAUGUCCAGGAAGGUGAAGCCGGUGGUAUCACACAGCAGAUCGGCGCCACCUACUUCCCCGUCGAGGCCAUCCGGCAAAAGACGGCCGUCGUCAACCCCGACGGCAAGUUCGAGUUCAAAGUCCCUGGUCUCUUGAUUAUCGACACCCCUGGUCACGAGUCCUUUGCCAACCUGCGCUCUCGAGGCUCAUCCUUGUGCAACAUCGCCAUUCUGGUUGUCGAUAUCAUGCACGGCCUUGAGCCCCAGACCCUUGAGUCUAUGAAGCUUCUCCGCGACAGAAAGACGCCCUUCAUCGUUGCGCUCAACAAGAUCGAUCGUCUGUAUGGCUGGAAGAAGAUUGAUAACAACGGAUUCCAGGAGAGUUUGGCGCUGCAGAACAAGGCUGUCCAGAACGAGUUCAGGAACCGCCUCGACCAGACCAAGCUCGCCUUUGCCGAACAGGGCUUCAACUCGGAGCUCUUCUACGAGAACAAGUCGAUGGCCAAGUUCGUAUCGCUGGUGCCCACGUCUGCCCAUACCGGCGAGGGUAUCCCGGAUAUGCUAAAGCUGAUUGUGCAGCUCACGCAGGAGAGAAUGGUGGGCUCGCUCAUGUACCUCUCCGAGGUCCAGGCCACAGUUCUCGAAGUCAAGGCUAUUGAAGGCUUUGGCAUGACUAUUGAUGUCAUCCUGUCAAACGGUAUUCUUCGGGAGGGCGAUCGUAUCGUUCUCUGCGGUGUGGAGGGUGUUAUUAAGACAAACAUCAGAGCACUCCUCACGCCCGCCCCCCUCAAGGAGCUCCGUCUCAAGUCGGCUUACGUGCACAACAAGGAAGUCAAGGCUGCUCUUGGUGUCAAGAUCAGCGCCCCCGGCCUCGAGGGCGCCAUUGCUGGAUCCCGUCUUCUCGUGGUUGGCCCUGAUGACGACGAGUCUGAUCUUGAGGAUGAAGUCGAGUCUGACCUCGCAAAUCUCUUCAACCGGGUUGAGAAAUCUGGCCGCGGCGUGAGUGUCCAAGCUUCGACACUCGGCUCUCUCGAAGCCCUCCUCGACUUCUUGAAGGAUUGCAAAAUUCCCGUUGCCAACGUGGGCAUUGGCCCCGUUUUCAAGCGCGAUGUCAUGCAAUGCGGUGUCAUGCUUGAGAAAGCUCGUGAUUACGCUGUCAUGCUCUGCUUUGAUGUCAAGGUUGACAAGGAGGCGCAGGCGUAUGCUGAGGAGCAAGGUGUCAAGAUCUUCACGGCCGACAUCAUCUACCAUCUCUUUGAUGCAUUCACAAAGCACAUGGACGAGCUCACUGAGAAGAAGAAGGAAGAGUCCAAGCUCCUUGCCGUCUUCCCCUGCGUCCUCAGCACGGUGGCCGUCUUCAACAAGACGAGUCCCAUUGUGAUCGGUGUCGACGUUAUUGAAGGCCAGCUCAGAAUCAAUACGCCCAUAGCUGCCGUUAAAACUGACCCCACCACCGGGGCCAGAGAAGUCGUCAACCUCGGAAGAGUGACUUCAAUUGAGCGGGAGCACAAGCAAGUUCCCGUCUGCAAAAAGGGACAACCCUCGGUUGCCAUAAAGAUCGAGAUGGGCGGGCACCAGCCUACCUAUGGUCGCCACAUCGAGGAAACCGACCAGCUCUACAGUCUGAUAUCUCGCGCCAGUAUCAACUGCCUCAAGGAGUUUUACAGAAAGGAUGUGUCGAACGACGAGUGGCAGCUGAUCAUCAAGCUGAAGCCCUUGUUCGACAUUUCAUAG